AAAGAGGAAGUUACGUUACUGUAAAAUUCCUUGCAUUGCUAAGUAACAUUUGGUAAGUGUUUUUGCAACUCAGCAUGUGUAUAUAUGUCUCAACAACAUCAGCAAAGCUCAUUAGAAGAGCCUAGAUUUAGGAAUAAACCUCAACAGCUGCAAAUCCAACAUUAUUUAAUCCUGGUUUUGUUUUGGAAAAAUCAUGAAUUUUACAGUGCCAUAUCCAAAUCCUGAUGCCACCCAAGGAGAAGCUGUGACCAGCUCUGUCACCAACAACAGUAUGCCUAUUACACCAAAUUACGAUGACUACGAUGAAAGACUGAUAUACGCUCUUCGUAUCAUUUACAUGAUUGGACACUCUUUGGCCUUCCUGCUCGGGACAAUAGGGAAUGGACUGGUUAUCUAUUUCACCGUCUUCAAGAUGAAAAGGACCGUUAACAUUGUGUGGUUUCUCAAUUUAGCCAUAGCUGACUUCAUCUUCAUGUUUGUCCUCAUAUUCAGAAUUAUCACCGUAGCCCUAAAUUUUCACUGGAUUUUCGGUGGAUUCAUGUGUAGGAUGAAUGAUGCUAUCUUCUUCAUCAAUCUUUAUGCCAGUAUCUUCCUGAUCACUGCUAUCAGCAUUGAUCGUUGCAUCUCCGUCAUUUACCCUGUUUGGUGCCAAAAUCACAGAACUUCGAGGCUGGCAUCCUAUGUGGCCCUGGCAAUUUGGAUUCUAUCAUUCAUUUUCAGUGUGCCCUAUUUUAUAUUCUCUGACACAAAGGUCAUUGGUCAGAGAACUGUCUGCACUUAUAACAUUGAUGACCAAGAUGCCGUUAUGGUAAUAGACAAGAAUCUGGCCAUUUCAAGAUUUAUCUUCAGUUUUGUCAUUCCUUUGGCUGUUAUCAUCUCGUGUUAUGCAAUCAUUCUGUUGCGUAUCCGAAGAAACCGCAUAAUUACAUCUAAGAAGCCGUUCAAAAUUGUUGUAGCCGUAAUCAUUGCGUUCUUUGUCUGCUGGUUUCCCCUCCAUUUAUUCUUCUUCCUGGAACAAUCUUUGGAUUAUGGUGGCAACCAUCAUCUCAAGUAUGUUGUACUGAUCGCAAUACCGCUCUGUAAAAAUCUGGCCGUUAUAAAUAGUUGUAUCAACCCUAUUCUCUAUGUAUUCGUUGGUCGGGAUUUUAAAGAAAAGUUCUGGAGAUCCUUCCAGUCGAUAUUUGAGAGCGCUUUCAUGGAGGAACCUAACCAAGCAACCUUCAAGAGUAAGUCAAGGUCAAUUGCAGAUUCUCAAAUGUUGUGAAAUUAAAGGACACUUACAUAGGAAGAUAUAUUACCCCAAGCUUUAAAAGAAGACAUAUUAUCAUGGGACUAUAAGGCAAUGCCUAACAGAUACAUAAAGAGUAAUAUAUUCAUAUACUGCUUCAUGGCCUACAAAUCAUUUGAAUUAAAUUGAUGUUCAUGAUUUUUUAUUUAUAUAGCUGAGAUCUGAUCACUCAUAUUGUGUAUACUAUUAGAUAACGCAAACAAUUUGAUAUGAAACUUUGAAUUUUGCGUACAAAAGAAGAUAUAUUUCUAUGAGCUAAUAGGACUUAAAGUGGAUGUAAAGCCACUCUCAUCCUUUCUAAACUACUGCCACUGGGUCAGAUUCAUAAAGAAUU